CUCAUUCAUAUUUAAAAGGAUAUCCGCUUCUCAGAAUGGAUUGAGUGUCAACCCAUGCACAUUAUCCUCAUUUAGUCAUCAAAUCAAAUCUCACAAAACAUGGUUAAAAUCGCCGUAGCUGGGGGUUCAGGGCAAAUCGCCCAAGAAAUCAUUGACAGACUAGUAACGACCCAAAAACAUGAUAUCCUAAUCCUCUCCCGCAAGGACCUUGCCACUGUUGAAGACAGAGUUGGCGUGACCUGGGUUAAGACAGAUUACACAGACAAAACUCAACUCACCGGCAUCCUCAGUGGUGUACACACUGUUCUGUGCUUCAGCAGCGCUCACGCAGACGCCGGGAGUGCCGCCCAGAAGAUGUUGAUUGAUUCGGCAGUCGCCGCAGGCGUCAAGCGUUUUGCUCCAAAUGAGUGGUCUGGCGUCGAGGAGUUGCCAUGGUAUACCGAAAAGGCAAAUGUGAGGGCCUAUCUUGAAGAAAUCAAUAAGGAGAAGAAAGUUCUCGAAUAUACGCUUUUCCAACCCGGGUUUCUCGUCGAUUAUCUUGUACCACCAGGUACAGCGAACAAGUACAUCCAACCUUCACAGGAAUUAUGGAUCGACUUUUUCAAGCGUCGAGCAAUCAUUCUCGAGAACGGCAACUCAGAAUUCACAGUGACGACCGCGAAUGAUAUUGCUAAUGUUGUGGCUCGAGCGAUUGAGUACGAGGGCGAAUGGCCGGUAGUUGGCGGCAUCCAUGGAACUACGCUCUCAACUCCCAAGUUGUUAGAAAUUGGCAAGAGGGUUCGAGGUGGCAAACCGUGGGAUAUCACUUAUCUUCCGGAAGACGACGUUCGCGCCGGCGACUUUCACGGUUCCUGGGUCCCGCAAUUUUAUAAAGAGCAAGGUCUUUCUCCAGAACAAAAGGAACACUUCUCCAAAGUUAUUCUUCGAGGUGUUCUUCUCAGUGGUCUUUGUAAAUCUUGGGUUGUAUCGGAUCAGUGGAAUCGCUUGCUACCAGACUACAAAUUUACUGAUGCGGAGGAAUUUCUGGAGAAAUAUUGGACGGGGAAGGAUUAGGACGUGAC